AUGACAAUUUCAAGAAAUGGUUACAAAAAAUCAUAUUUAUGGAUCAAAAUGAGGGUAGAAGUAAGAAGUGAAGAAAAAAUCUCAAUUGAGUAAUUAGAGGGAAAUGUGAGGGCUUUUUUGUAAUUUAGUUCUCCACUUUCCCGCCCAGCUUCCCACCCCCUAUAACCACCUCCGUGUUGUAGAGUUGUAGCUCAGAUAUCUGUUUACUCAACGGAACAAAAUAACCGUCUCUCUCUCUCUCCCUCCUCUCCGGCGUACGCUUAACGGAACCCUAGAAAGCUCCGGCAUGGACAUCCGCCUGUUCCUCGGCUUCUCGACUGUUCUGCUCUCUACCGCAAGGCAGUCAUCUCCGCCGCCUCCGCCUCCGAGCAGCUGCUCCGACCAGUUGGUGCUGUUCUCGCCGUGCUUGCCGUACAUUUCGUCCUCCCCGAACAACAUGACCAACACGCCUCCACCGCAGUGCUGCGAUGAAAUGACUUUUGCCGUCGCCUCCGGCAAUGCGAUCUGCCUUUGCUACCUCGUUCAAAGGCCUCGGAUCCUCGGAUUCCCGGUGAACUCCAGCAGAGUGAUCUCCCUUUCCUCCGUUUGUCCGAUGACACAUAGAGAAGGCAUAGCGAAUUUCUCCAUCAAGGCUCUCUGUUCAGGAAAAACUGCACUCCCUCCCCUGAAGAGCAUAACAGGUUCAGGGAAUCCCCCACACCUUUCUGGUCAGGAUAACUCUGCAUCACCUCAGAUGAGCCCACCGCAGCAACAUGAGAAUAGAUCAUCAAGUCCUCCGCCCCCUGCCGAUGAUUCAUCUGUUGACGCUACUGAUGGAUCAUCUAUUGAACCUACUGACGGGUCAUCUAUUGGACCUGCUGAUGAUUCAUCUACUGGACCUGGUGAUGGUUCAUCUGUUGGACCUGGUGAUGAUUCAUCUGUUGGACCUGGUGAUGGUUCAUCUGUUGGACCUGCUGAUGAUUCAUCUAUUGGAGCUGAUGGUUCAUCUAUUGAACCUCCUGAUGAUUCAUCUAUUAGACCUCAUGUUCGAUCUCCCACCAUAACAAUAACACCUAUAGGAAGUGCAUCCACAACAGGGAGGAUCUGCAUAAUUUGUCUCUGCAUUUCACUUGGAUUUGUUAUUUUCCUUUUCAACAUAUUCAUAUGGUUUAUUGAGAAUUAGUUCCACACUCCCACAGCAUCACCUUACUCAGUGAUGUGGCAUGUAAAUAGGGAAAUAAGUCGAACAUAUCAGUUGCAGGAUCUUGGAAACUUUUGCUGUCUGAAAUGCAUUCUUUCGUUUCUUUAUGUCAGCCUACCAUCUCCAGAGUACAAUUCUAGCAUUGGUUUGAAGUGAACAUCUCUAGAUAUAUUUGUUGUAGUUGUAGCAAAGAUAUGUUCUUACUUAAGAAUGCGAGGAAAACAAAACACCCCAGUUGAAACAAUAUUCUAAUCCCAUUUAAUUCACAUUAAGCUAAAAAUUGAGUAUAGUUGCCCACAAAGGUGAAAUUUAUUCGCCCUAAAAGCCCCCACAUCCCAAUCAACAAGAUGGUGGAGAGAUAAAUUACAGUGACUCAGCGGCCUCUUAACUGGGAAGAC